ACCAGAGACACAGUGGUUGUCAGCAAAGUGCAAGUGGAUCCAAUCCAUCAAACAAUUUGAACUCACAUGGGGGAAAGAAGAGAGAUCACCUCACCACCAUCAUUUACCAUCUCUUCUUUGUACCUUUUUCUUUGGAUUCACCUCAUCACAAUUCACACCACACCCAUGUAGGUAGCCACAAAGAAUGGAAAGCAUGGAUAGAACCGUUAGGUCUGCAUCCUUCGCUUUCACAAAUUUUAUCGGGGAUUCAUAAUGAACGGGAUAGUCUUGCGCGUACGUUCUGCAGUCUCAUGUCAUGAUAUAUUAGAUCACUAUGCCCACUUGGUUAUCCGCAGCUCAAACGUGCAUUUGGCAUAUGGUAUAUCGAGCAUUCGAUUAUCCUUUUUCUUUUCUUGUUUCGUUGUUUGGUUUUCACAUUUACUCAAUCACUUGUUCUUCCUCUCAUUUUUUUUAGGUGAUACGACGAUUUGUGUUGUUAUGUGUAAUAAUAUAAAUUGUAAUAAUAUAAUUGCCAAUAACUUGGGCUAGCUUCAGAAAGAGCAUCCAAGGGACAAUACAUUAAACUAUAUAUACACAUGGAUGAUAGAUCACAGACAUUUCAUCAUCAGCUGUAACCCUGUUUCCCAAUUUUACUAGUCCAAAAUGAUGCAAAUAAUAAUAAUAAUAAUAAUAAUAAUAAUAAUAAUGGCAUUGGCAGUACUACAAACAACAUCGUUGCUUGCUUGUGGACACAAAAAUCGAAUCCGACAUGUCAAUAUAAUUAUCAAGUUAUGUCUAAAACGUACGUGGGAAGUGGCCUAGUUGAAGUAUUUUAAUCACGUAUACAUCGGGCUAAGCCCUUAAUUAAUCAACAUAAUCUAGUCAUUAGGCAAUUGUAUAUGUCCACAACUUCAACGGAAACACAACUCGUAUUAACUAGAAACACAAUUGGUAUAGUUGGUAACACAUUUAAUAAUUCAUUUUUAAUCAAAGGUUUCGAACUAAUAUACAUAAUUAUGCCAUUCGGAUCAAAUCCAAAUUCAUUUUUUAUUAGUAGUUUAACAUUAUCAAUGAACAACUUGCUUAAAUCACUUUUAUCAAUCAAUAUAUCGUUUCAAAUCGAACUUCAGAUCCAAAAAUGUCUUAACUUACGUAAUGACACUUGUCAACCAAUUUAUUUCACAUUUUAUUAUACUUGCCUUGAUGGAAGCAUAUCAAAGUUCAUGUGAAAUCAUAUAUACCAAUUAAAUUGAAAAGCUUGUGAUUAACAAGUAAUUAAAGCAAAUGAAGGGUGUCAUGAAGUCAAGUAAAAGGGUUACAUGUGUUGAAUAAGAUUGAUUCUUAGGUUGCUCACAUUGGAAGGCAAACACCAAUCAAUUUAUCAUGAGAAAGAAUCGAUGACCUAAUAAAAAAAAUUAUUUGUCCCAAAUGAUAAAAUCAUGGCCAAGCAAGUCACCUAAUGAAAGCUCCAUUGACCCCUCUCCCCCCAUGUCAAUCCCUUUUACAAUAUAGAACCUUUUCUUUAAGGAAUUUUUGAGACAUCUCAAAAUACCCAUAACUUACAAACCAAGAAAGGGUUUAGAUCUCAUGACAAACAACAUCAACAUGAAAGACUCCCCUUUUCAACGAUGAAAUUAUUUUUCGCUGAAAGGUAGGUAAAAUUUUGAUGACCAUGUUUACCGAUCAAAUUGUCAUGAUGAUAUGUGAUUCAAGGUACACGAUUUAACUGAUAUAGCCUUCGUGAUGAUACUUUCUAGUCCACCACGACAACAAUUAGAUUGCAGAUCAUAGAUUACCUCCAAUCAAAAGUAUAUAUCGGUUUUAAUUUCAGUUUUAUCAUUAUGCAACACUCAUAAAGUGUCCUUUGGAAUUCUAAUGUGCCCGUAUUAGUUGCUGCUUCGAUACACAUAAUUUACAGAACCUCAUUGUACACAUUAGAUUAGUCACAUCUUCUUCCCUUUCAACUAAUUAUCAUUACACACUCACUCAUGGCGCCUUAAAUUCAUUGAUUUUGAUGUUCAGUCUGAUUCUAAUCAUCGUCAUCAUAAGAACACCUAACGAACUUAUAUGAAUUUGUUGAGUACCUAAAUGUGAAAUUUCUCAAAAGGGUUAUUAAAUCUUUUGCCAAAUGAAUUGCCUUGUAUAGUUGUAUUCCAAACUUGAUUGUCAAGUGGACUUUGAGUUUCAGACGUAAGCAACAAUAUAAGAUGCUUCAGAUUCCAAUUUCCCCUAUAGGUAUUAGUUACAAGAGAGACUUGACAUGGAACCAACAAAAGCUAUUUGGCUGUUUCACCCGCACAAGCAAUUAAUUUGAACAAUUUUUUUUUUAAAACUAACUUCACAUCUUUCGUGACAAGUCAUUGUGAUAUAAAUAAAACAUAAAAGAAGAUAAAAUAUGUGAAGAUAUUAUCAAUGCAUAAUAUAUAUAUACUUAGCUUCUAAAUUUGACAAUUGGGAGCUCCCAACCACUUCAAUUAUAUUUAUUAUUACUAUAAGAAUAUUUUUCAACUACCCACCUGAACUAUGACUUGAGUUUGUGGUUAACAACUAAUUUUGACCUCAAUGGGAGACCUUGAUUAGCUAACCUGGCUAGGUAGACCUCUAACAUUAGACAUUGUUGAUCAAUGACUUUCCUCUAACAUAUAUACCUAUUACAUUUUUUAGGCCUUCCUCAUUAGAUUUCUGGCUUCGUCACUGCCUCUUAUAACGGGAUAUUCCUUAUACAACAAUAACUAUAACUCAUUACUAUGGGUGAUUUCACGAAUAAGCGAUUGGUCACAACAUGAGCUUCAUUCUCGUGGACGAAGAUCGAACCCCGACUGUGUGAGAUACUUAAUUGAAUCUCUCACAAGUGUGAACAACUUGAGCUAUAGCGACAAGUUGGGUUGUGACUUUGUAUCAGAGUCGGGUUGUCCUUGCAGUCACGUGUUCUAGUCCUCACUACCCCAACAUUAAUCUUUGUCUUAAAACACAUAAUAUGACCGGUAUGUGCAAACUUCAAACCAAUGAGUUGGCUAUGAUACUAUGUUAUGAACCACUUCCUAACACUAGCUGCCACAUAGUUAAAAAAAAAGCGAGGCGAUCAACCACCACACCACAACCUGUGGUUAGUGGUUACCUUCUCUCCACCUUCGUUGAGCUCGAGAGUCCAAUGCUUCCAUGCAUUACACUCUAAUACAUUUUUUGCUUAAGCAGAUUCGUCUCAAUUAAUUAAGCACCAUAAAAACACAUAUCAAUCGGUUUCAAAUAAUCUCAUCGGUGAUCUAAUCCCAACUGCUUCAUUGGGGGGAAAAUAUCUCAGUAGGUGAAGGGUUGGCUCAUGGCUGGGUUACGAGAGACACACCCAAAUAAAAAUCAUAAUAAUAUUUUUACUGCAAUUAAUUUGUAACGGUUGGAUCUUAAUCACAUGGUUCGUCAUUCACAGUCCCGUAUUAGUUAAAUCCUAUGAAAGCGGGUCAAAGCAGGGAUUAGGCCAACAAAUCUUGUAAACUAACAACCCUUUAUUCCACAGAUAUUAAAUUAAUUACUCUUUCCCCACGCACUUAGCUGGCUGGCUGUCUGUCUGUGUCACUUAAUUAUCCCGUCAUACGUUAAUUACACAAUGCAUUAAACCUCGAAAUUAACCUCUUCGUAAACUCUUUGGAAUCACCAGCUAAGCUAGACGGACAAAACGGCACAAACUUAAUCGCGUUGUGUUAUCGUUUCGUAAUGCGUUCGUGUUUUCUUUGUCUUGUUUUCGACGAGUUCCAAAAACGACAGCGCAUCCGCUGCAUCUUGCGAGGCAUUGGGGCAAGGGAGUUGCGGUGGACAAGUGGUAGGACUAUUUUGUAUGGAUUUGUUUCAAAUAUCGAUUCGAUGUAGCGCGUACUAAACUUUAUAGCUCAAAUAUUCGAACUUCAUUGUUCGUUUUGUUUUUACACAAGAGCAAGUUUUAGGCUAUUCAAACGGUUGCAUUUGUCUGAAAUCGGAUCAUACAUAAAGGACAGAAAGUUGCCAAGAGCCCGAGACGAUGUCAAUUGAAACCUUUUCCAAUAUAUAUUUGAUUCACUUAAGAUAAGAAAGAAAACACACAUUAUAUUUUUUUUUUAUACAUGCUGUUUGAAUGGGGUUUACGGGAGCGGAGAAGAGAAGUUCAUCAUGAGAUUCGAACUUGAGGUUUGCAAGUUGAAAGCCAAUGAUGAUAACCCGUGACGAAGUGAUUACUUGGAGUGAGAAGAGGCUAAAAAUAACAAACUGUAAUAGUUUUCACGAUUGAACCUAAAUAUGAAAGGAGUGGGCUAAUACCCAAUAUCACCAUUUGUUAAACAUUUUUUCAUAAUAUGACUACCUGUAUGAUACUCUUAUAUAGAAAAUUUUAGGGAUCGUAGCUAGUCCUUGUGAAUUACACAUAGCUCCAUCACUGAUAAAAAUAAUAUCAACUAGCCCAAACUUGCGAGCUAACUAUAAUAUAUAUGUAAUUGCGUCACACUGAUCUUCACUAGAUGGUUGAUCAACUAGACAUUCUUUGAUGUAAGUUCUAUUCUUAAUCAAGCCCUCAUUAUUUUGUUUAUGGGGAAUUGUGUUGAACUUAACGCCAUUGAUCAGUUGAUUUGGUCAGAUUUUAUUCAACAAAACCCAUUAUUUUAACUAAUACAAUACCUCUUAAUUAAGUUUCAUCGAAACUCUUAAUCUCCUACCUAGAAUAUUAGUAGAUUCCAACGGUUAAAUUGUGGUACUGGCAGCACAAAUCAUCAAUUCUCAUUGUUCUAACUAGCCAAUAAUAAACGAAACGUACUUGAGUUAUUUGGAAAUAGACUGAACCAGUGACAAGAACAAGUUGUGCAAUUGCAUCGUUCUCGACUUCUUCUAGUAAUUACGUGCUUAAUUAACUAAUAAUAGGAAGUCAUCUUUUUCUUUAUAAAAAAAAAAUCGUGCUUAAUUAAUCCAGAUAAGCAGAGUAUUCCGGCCUAAUUAAUCAUCUCCAGCUGCGUUUCAGCCAGAAGGGGAAGAAGAACAAAAUGGACGGAGAUCGGCAUUGACCGGAGGGACAGGUGGAGGGCUGCGAUGGGACGGAGGAGCUGCCGCCGGUAAAAUAAAAAUUGAUUGCACUGAAAGCGAUCGGGUUUUGUCAUAAAAUUUAGGGCCGCGAUUGGUUCGAGGUGCUGGGGGAAAGAAAGUGGGAUUUAGUCGGCAGGCCGAUUCCGGGAUAGAGGCAGAGUUCGGUCCUCUGUUUUUCUCCGGCAGGCGGGACCCGCCGGAGCACCGCCUUUUCUCCGCAACCAAACAAAAAAACGUAACCCCCCCAGAAAAGGAAAGUUAGUGAAGAGAUUAGCAAAAUGAAAACCCAGGUUAUACUUGAGCGUUGGGUGUGUUUUUCGUCGGUGUAUUUCGAGUAGUAUCAUGAAUAACAAUAUGUUAGAAAAAAACAAUCCUAUUCUUCUUCUUUUUUUUCUUCUUCCCUUGAUGAAUAUUGAUUUCGUAUUAUGUACGCUGGAUUAAAUUGGUUUGAGAGUGAAGAGAUUUUAGGACUCUGAUUUUAUAAGUGCAUGAUGAAUUUUAAUUGAUUCGAGAUUGAUAAACUUGUAAGCCUCGAACUUUAUAAGUGUCAAGAUUUUUUUUUUUUUUUGUCAAAAGAUAUCAUAUAUUGAUCACAGCAAAAAAUAGUUACACCCUGGAAACCAGUCAGGUCUGGAAAUCAAAGAAGCGACUCAUAGUCGGGUACAAAGAAAGGGCUUUCCUAGCUACCAAAUGAGCUACCCUAUUGUUCUCCCGACCUACAAACCGCACACUAAAGCCAGACUGAGCACGAACAUAAUGAACAACCUCUUCAAGCACCGCACCCAGCCGGCUAUCUCUUGCAUCCGCCUGAUUAAUUUUAUCAAUUAUCACUUUCGCAUCGCCCUCAAAACGGACAGUCGACAAACCUUGCUCCAUGCACCAAAUGAUAGCCUCACGAACAAGAUUUUUUUUUUUUUUUGUCAAAAGAUAUCAUAUAUUGAUCACAGCAAAAAAUAGUUACACCCUGGAAACCAGCCAGGUCUGGAAAUCAAAGAAGCGACUCAUAGUCGGGUACAAAGAAAGGGCUUUCCUAGCUACCAAAUGAGCUACCCUAUUGUUCUCCCGACCUACAAACCGCACACUAAAGCCAGACUGAGCACGAACAUAAUGAACAACCUCUUCAAGCACCGCACCCAGCCGGCUAUAAGUGUCAAGAUUGAUCAACACAAGUUAGUAGGAAAUCGAAGUGGCAACGUCAACAAAAUUGAACUACACUAGUGACAAUUGUGUGAGACGGCCUUUCGAGACUUGUCAAUCUCCUAAUUACCCUAAUUUCUUAGUGAAUAUACUUUGUUUUUAUAUUUCUUGGGCGCAAUUUCACAUAGCCAACUCACAAUAAAAAAAUACAUCGACAAACAUGUUAGAUACUACGAGACAUUUGGGUUGAUCUCACUGGAGGUAAGAUGACGAGUAUGGGAUUCUCGAUUUGAGGUUAAAAGACUUUCGAUUUAUCUUCUUAAUUAUGUGUUGUGGUCUUUAACGCAUAUAUUACUUUGUAACAAAAGAACGUAUGCUGAGUCCUAAUAUGCCAGACUAUACCAUUGAAAAACAAAAAAUUAUUAGAAGGAGAAAUGUAUUUAUGGACAAAAAAAAAAAAAGGAAAACGAAACAAAAUUCGUGGGAAAUGUAUUUGACAAUAUUGUUUGAGGAUUUCCUUUCCGUUGUAUUGCAACAGAAGAAGAAAGACAAAAACGGGCGAGAGGCAGAGAGAGAGAGAGAGAGAGAGAGGAAAAACAAAAGGAGUCAGUCUCCCAUGGUCUCGUCGUUCCUCUCUUCUCUUCCUCCUCCUUCCUUUUGCAAACUCCGGCGCCCGAUUGCUCUCCAGUUCAUUGACCGCCGGUAACCAACGAGAACCGGAAAACUACAAACGCCGUCGACUUCCUCUGUAAUUCUUACAAUCGGAAAAUGAAGAAGAAGAAGAACGGCGGUCAUCAUCAUCAUCAUCCUCAUCAUCACUACAACUGCCCCGCCGCAGCUCAGCUCCACCAGAUUUCGCUCAUCCUCCGCUGCCGCCGCGGCGGCCACUAUCUCUUCCCGUUGAUCUCGGCCUUGUCCGCCUCCGUCCUCCUCUUCCUCGCCGCUUUCACUCUCCUCUCCUCUCCGCCGCCUCUCAUCGAACGCCGCCACCUCCUCCAGCUCCCUCGCCGCCAUCCCCCCUUCUCCUCGCCAUUCUCCGGCAGUGCAGUCAGGGACGAGACGGAAGAAGCGGAUUCCGGUACAUUGACGACCUUCCGCGUUCCGGAGCGCGGCGGAAAUUUAGGCCACGACCUGUGGAACUCUCCGUCGUCGGAAUUCUUCUACGGUUGCAGCAACGCCAGCGAUAAGUUCCGGACCGCUGAAAAGAAGACGGAACAGAAUCGGUACUUGUUGAUCGUCACCAGUGGUGGGCUGAAUCAGCAGAGAACUGGGAUAACGGACGCAGUUGUUGCAGCAUAUAUCCUGAAUGCCACUCUCGUUGUUCCAAAACUGGACCAGGCAUCCUUCUGGAAAGAUUCAAGCAAUUUCUCUGAGAUAUUUGAUGUGAAGUGGUUCAUUUCAUCCCUAUCCAAAGAUGUGCGAAUCAUCAAACAACUGCCAACAGAUGGUGGGAAGGUUAUCACUCCGCACUCUAUGCGGGUUGCCAGGAAAUGCACCCCAUCGUGCUACGAGAAGAGAGUUCUUCCUGUCCUCAACAAGAAGCAUGCUGUUCAGCUAGGAAAGUUCGAUUACCGGCUUUCCAACCGGCUGGACCCGGACUUACAGAAGCUGAGAUGCCGAGUCAACUACCAUUCCUUGAAGUUUACUGAUCCAAUCGUUGAAAUGGGUGAGAAAUUGGUUCAUAGAAUGAGAAGGAAGAGCAAGCACUUCAUUGCUCUCCACUUAAGGUUUGAGCCUGAUAUGCUCGCAUUCUCCGGGUGUUACUACGGAGGAGGAGACAAAGAGAGGGCAGAACUCAGCGCCAUUAGGCAGAGAUGGAAGAGUCUACAUCAGAAGAAUCCAGAAAAGGAGAGAAGGCAUGGAAGGUGCCCGUUGACGCCAGAGGAAGUGGGGCUAAUGCUGAGAUCUUUGGGCUUCGGCAGCGACGUCCAUAUCUACGUUGCUUCAGGGGAAGUAUACGGAGGGGAAGAGACUUUGGCGCCACUCAAAUCCCUCUUCUCCAAUUUCCACUCGAAAGAGACCUUGGCCAACAAGGAAGAGUUAGCAGCGUUCGCAACCUUCUCUUCCCGGAUGGCUGCCUUGGACUUCCUCGUUUGCGACGAAAGCGACGUCUUCGUCACCAACAACAACGGCAACAUGGCCCGAAUCUUGGCCGGACGACGGAGAUACUUCGGGCACAAGCCAACGAUCCGCCCCAACGCAAAGAAGCUGUACAAGCUCUUCCUGGGUCGCCGGAACUCGACGUGGGAGGAAUUCAGCGCCAAGGUCCGAUCAAGUCAAAUCGGGUUCAUGGGGAUGCCGAACGAGGUGAAACCUGGAAGAGGCGAGUUCCAUGAAAACCCUUCUUCCUGCAUAUGCGAGACCAGAAGGAAUGAUAAUGCGGCCUCCCCUGAUGCGGAUAAGAAGAGAUACACCGACGGCAGCGCCGGCGAUGACCGGUCGUCGGCGACGGCGGAGGAUGAGCGCGAGCAGUACUAUUUCUCCGACUCGGAGACGGCAGUUCCCAACGGGUUGGCCCAGGUAGCGGAACUCGACGACGACGAGUUCUUUUCAGACUAGAAAUAUAUACCGGCGGUACGUGCCUUCGUCGGGAGGUUUUCCCCCCCGGCAUCUUGUAAAUACAAAGGAGCUUUGUGUCAGACUCUUGACGCCGUGAGGUUGCCGGUAGACUAUAUACAGUAGUACAGAAUGCCGUUGGAGAGAAUCUCUCUCCGCCGGUUUGUCUGUCUCUGUUAUUUUUUGUUUUUAUCUUUUUUCCAUUUCACCUUGGGGUUAAUUAGUUAGCUGGGGUUGGUUGUUAUUAUUGCCGUAAGGCUCGAGAGGUUAGAUUAGGGAGGGGAGGGGUCUAAAUACUAAAUAGGACUUGCUUACAAGUUACAAUGCUUGCUUACUCGUUUUGUACGACUAGUUUUUGUUGUCCCCUUUUUUUGUUCCUUUCACAAAGAGCAGAAAAGUGAAAAAUGAUACUUACAGCCUACAGGCCUUUUACAGUGUAGCAAUUGAUAGUAAUAACGAUAUUGCUCCUCCAGAUUAUUUAAAUGUUUGGAUUAAUGGUAUAAGUAGAUUAUGAUUAUUGGAUACUAUGGAUUAUGUACAUUAUUCUUGGUUUUGGAUGCAUGGUAUUUCUAGGCUUUGAAUAAUAAUUAAUAAGUUGAAUUUGAGUUGAACCUGCUACCCAAUGAAGGCUUAUACGGCGC